AGGCCUUUCAGCAACUCUUGGGGAGGCCAGGGGGAAUGCAGAGGAGACGCGGCGCCUGCGGGCGAAGAGGACGACCGUGCCGCAGCGCGCGGGGCUGGCGGCGAUGGAAGCUGCCCGUGCGGCGCGCUUCUGGCUCGUGGUGUGCAGCUGUCUCUCGCUCGCCCCGAGGGCCGAGCCCCUGUGCCCGGAGCGCUGCGACUGCCAGCACCCUCAACACCUCCUGUGCACCAACAGGGGGCUCCGCGCCGUGCCCAAGACCAGCUCUUUGCCGACUCCCCUGGACGUGCUCACGUACAGCCUCGGCGGCAACUUCAUAACCAACGUCAGCGCCUUCGACUUCCAUCGCCUGGGGCAGCUCCGACGGCUGGACCUGCAGUACAACCAGAUCCGGUGGCUGCACCCCAAGACCUUCGAGAAGCUCUCGCGGCUGGAGGAACUCUACCUGGGCAAUAACCUCCUGCAGGCGCUCGCUCCGGGCACGCUGGCGCCGCUGCGCAAACUGCGCGUCCUUUAUGCCAACGGGAACGAGAUCGGCCGGCUGAGCCGCGGCUCCUUCGAGGGCUUGGAGAGUCUGGUGAAGCUGCGCCUGGACGGGAACGCCCUGGGGGCGCUGCCCGACGCCGUCUUCUCGCCGCUGGGCAACUUGCUCUACCUGCAUCUGGAAGCCAACCGGAUCCGCUUUCUGGGCAAGAACGCCUUCGCCCAGCUAGGCAAGCUGCGCUUCCUCAACCUCUCCAACAACGAGCUGCAGCCCUCGCUGCGCCACGCGGCCACCUUUGCGCCUCUGCGCGCGCUCUCCGCGCUCAUCCUCUCCACCAACAGCCUGCAGCACCUCGGGCCGCGCGUCUUCCAGCACCUGCCGCGCCUCGGCCUGCUGUCGCUGCAGGGCAACCGGCUCACGCACCUCGCUCCCGAGGCCUUCUGGGGCCUGGGGACCCUGCGCGAGCUGCGCCUGGAAGGCAACCGGCUGAGCCAGCUGCCGGCCACGUUGCUGGAGCCUCUGCAGAGCCUGGAGGCGCUGGACCUGAGCGCCAACGAGCUGACGGCGCUGCACCCCACGACCUUCGGCCGCCUGGGCCGGCUGCGCGAGCUCAGCCUGCGCGACAACGCCCUGAGCGUCCUCUCCGGGGACAUCUUCGCCGCCAGCCCGGCUCUGUCCCGGCUGGAUCUCGACGGCAACGGCUGGACCUGCGACUGCCGCCUGCGGGGUCUGAAGCGCUGGAUGGGGGACUGGCACGCGCAGGGCCGGCUGCUCACGGUCUUCGUGCAGUGUCGCCACCCGCCGGCCCUGAGGGGCAAGUACUUGGAUUACCUGGAGGACCGGCAGCUGCAGAACGGCUCUUGCGCCCAGCAGCCGGCUGGCUCUGCAUCCCCGACCGCGGAGGCCCUAGAUGCAUCCUCUGCCCAGGAGACGCAGCGCCCUGCUAGGGGACCCCCGGAGACGGAACGUCCUGCUAGGGGACCCCCGGAGCAGCUACCUCGGCUGCCACAGGCACACCAGCGGGGGCCACUUCUGCCUGGGGUGGUCCGCGACGGGAACGCCAGAGAGCUCACGAGCAACCGCAGUGCUCCGAGACUGAGCCGGCGGGGCCCGGGGCUCCAGCAGCCGGGCCCCUCCGCGUCGGAGGCCGCCGCCCCGGCGCCACCCCCCGUAGACCGUCUCAAGCACCCGAGGCCCGGACGCCCCACCCCGGCCGGUGCAGCCCGCGGGGAACGGGCACCCACCCUGGAGGCGGCGGCUGGCUCGGAGCCCCCGCGGGCCAGCAGCCAACCCUGGUCGCGCGCGGCCGCACAGCAACAGCAGCUGCAGGAGGAGAGCGGCGCGCAGCCCGACGGCGCGGGCCGCCUGCCGCCUGUGGUCUCGGACCCGUGCGACUUCAACAAGUUCAUCCUGUGCAACCUGAGCGUGGAGGCCGUGGGCUCCGACAGCGCCCUGGUGCGCUGGGCCGUGCGCGAGCACCGCAGCCCCCGGCCGCAGGGCGGUGCACGCUUCCGCCUGCUCUUCGACCGCUUCGGGCAGCAGCCCAAGUUCCACCGCUUCGUCUACCUGCCCGAGCGCAGCGACUCGGCCACGCUGCGCGAGCUGCGCGGGGACACCCCCUACCUGGUGUGCGUGGAAGGGGUGCUCGGGGGCCGCGUGUGCCCGGUGGCGCCGCGGGACCACUGCGCCGGGCUGGUCACCUGGCCCGAGCCGGGCCGGCAGGGCCACGUCGACUACCAGCUGCUGACCUUGGCCUUGCUGGCGCUCAACGCGCUGCUGGUGCUGCUGGCCUUGGCGGCCUGGGCGUCGCGCUGGCUGCGGAGGAAGCUGCGGGCCCGGCGGAAAGGCGCGGCGCCGGUGCAUGUGCGGCACAUGUACUCCACCCGACGGCCGCUGCGCUCCAUGGGCACCGGCGUGUCCGCAGACUUCUCCGGCUUCCAGUCGCACCGGGCGCGCACCACGGUGUGCGCGCUCAGCGAGGCGGAUCUCAUCGAGUUCCCCUGCGACCGCUUCAUGGACAGCGCCGGGGCAGGCGCGGGGGGCAGCUUGAGGCGGGACGAGCAUCUUCUGCAACGCUUUGCCGACUAGGGUCCGAGGGGAAGAUCUCAUUUUUUUUUUUUUUGCCUCCAUUAAUGCAAGUGGCAGAGAGGCCACCUAGAGCGGGCAGUGCCUUCCUU